CUUGGCUUGUGUUUCAGUAUUUCAGUAUUUGGAUGUGUUUUUGUCAAAAACCUAAAAAUAUUCUUAACUAUUCGCACCCUUAAAGCUAAUAAAUGAUAAUUUCACCGAUAGUCUGCUGAAUAAAGUGUUUAGCACUGCAUUGGUUGUACAAAACCUCACUAUAAGAUGGAGGAUGGCAUGGACAUAGAGGAACAUGAUCUGUUGAACAACCCUACUGUGAGGAGUCUGUUUCCAGAUCUUGCCGUUCUCAAACAAGAAAUUAUUAAUUUUGAUACAAGUGAAGGUGUAGCACCAGAAACAUUUACAACGUCGCCGGAAGUAUCAAAGACAAAUGAAAACAAAAACCAACUACACAAUUUACCGGUCUACAGUGGGGAUCAUCCUACGGAGUGCUCCACUCAAGACCUGGAUGUGAAACCUGACCACCUGUGUACUGACAUGGAUGGCACAAUAACUGUCAAGCGCAACAGUUUGACAGAAUUUGAUGAAGUUGAAACUGAAAUCAAGAAGGAAUCAGAGAAUGUUGUAGCAAAUGAAUUGCUAUUUUACAGGAACAGAAUUAUACUCGGCAAGAUACAAGUAGAUGAGUCUGACGAAGAACGAGAAGUUGAUGCACCAGCUGACUGUAAUAAUGUUGUAAACAACAAAACAAACAAUGAUGCAGAUUUGGCAGUGUCAAUAAACUCUGAUCAAAAUAGAAGCAUGAGGAUAACAAAACAGUAUUAUGAAAUGGAAAAAUGUUUGGGAGCGAAAAUUAUUCUAACAAACUGCUAUACAACUCUAUUGAACCAUAACUGUUACUGUGCUCAGUGUGCAGUGUUGUUCCCCACCACUGAAGCGUAUAGUGAACAUUACACGAGCACACACACCGAGACCACUAACUCAACUAAAGCCUCGGCUUCUCCUGUGACACAUAAAAAAAGAAAUAACCCACGUGAAAAGGUAUUUGUGUGUGAUACCUGCAAGAAAACAUGCGACAGAAAAAGUAUGUUAAUAAAGCACAUGUUAGUUCACACUGGAGAAAGGCCAUUUGAGUGUGACAUUUGCAAGAAAACCUUCAAUCAGCGAAGUGCUAUGAAAAGACACAAGUUAAUACACACUGGUGAAAAGCCGUUCGAGUGUGACCUUUGCAAGAAAACAUUUAGGCAUCAGAACACAUGGAAAGAUCAUAAGUUAAUUCACACUGGGGAAAAGCCGUUCCAGUGUGACAUUUGCAUGAAAUCUUUUAUCCAAAGAUAUACUCUUAACAGGCACAUGUUACAUCACACUGAAUCAAAACCAUUCCAGUGUGAAACUUGCAGGAAAAAGUUUAAAUAUGUAUCUGCUUUAAAACGACACAAGUUGAUUCACUCUGGCGAAAAGCCAUUCCAGUGUGAAAUUUGCACGAAAUCAUUUAACCAUAGAGAUAAUCUUAGGAGCCACAAAUUAAUUCACUCUGGCGAAAAGCCAUUCCAGUGUGAGAUUUGCAAGAAAACCUACAGACACCUUAGUACUAUGAAAGUGCACAAGUUAAUUCACACUGAAGAAAAGCCAUUCCAGUGUGAAAUUUGCACGAAAUCAUUUAACCAUAGAAAUAAUCUUAACAGACACAAGUUAGUUCAUUCUAGCGAAAAGCCAUUCCAGUGUGAAUUUUGCACAAAAACAUUUAACCGAAGAUGUCAUUUGAAGAGGCACAUGUUACUUCACACUGCAGCACAGCCAUAUGAUUCUGAUGCGUCAGAAAAAAUGUGAGAGAGUUCAUGCCAGGAUGUUAAAAAGUGUGUUGUUCACUUUUAACUAUUGCAAGCCAGCGAAGUGAUUGCACUUUUCACUAAUUUAACUACUUGAUCUCGUGGUCUAAUCGUUAAGCUUUUCGGCUUUCUAUAUGGAGGUUGAGGGUUCGCGUCUCUGGGAGGAGAAACUUUUAAAUAUUUUUAGUUUUUCUUUUUUUUUUUUUAAACUAAAUGGUUUAUUUAAAUUAGAGGAAAUAUUACAAUAUAUUAUUAUGACAUAGUAACUUAAGCCUAAUAAUAAAGAAUGUUACAAACUAAACUACCUAUAUAUUAUACAAACUAAACCUAUGUACAUAACUAAAACUAUAUGUAGAACAGACCUUCUAAGCCUGGUCCCUGUGGGAGGGUUCCCAACACGCUGGCGACAUUGCCCCGCUGGAUCGCCAGACUCAGGCGCUGGCGGAGGUACGCCCCGGCUCGUUUGUCCCCUGAGACGUCUGCGAGCCGAGAAGAGAUCUCUUU